AUGCCCUUCUUCGACAGUAUCCCCGACGAUCCCAAGGCCCAGCGCCCUGGAGGCAACAAUGGACGCCAUGUUCUGCCUGACACUUUCCGAAAUGAGCUCAUUGUGGUGAUUGGAGAGUUCUGCGGAACAUUCAUGUUCCUACUCAUGUCCUUUAUCGGUGCCCAGACCGCUAUCACCAACAAUGACUUUCAGAAUCCGGAUGCCUCUCUCCACCCUUACUCUCUUCUCUUCAUUGCUGCCUCUUUCGGAACCUCUCUGGCAGUCAAUGUCUGGAUCUUCUUCCGUGUCUCCGGUGGACUGUUCAACCCUGCCGUCACUUUGGCUCUUUUCCUCGUCGGGGCUCUCUCCUUUGUCCGUGCGAUCCUCGUCUUCAUCGCCCAAAUCGCCGCUGGUAUUGCCGCUGCCGCCGUCGUUGAUGGGCUACUGCCUGGCCCCCUUGGUGUGAGCAAUAACCUCUCCAACGGAACGAGCACUGUCCAAGGCCUCUUCCUCGAGAUGUUCCUGACGGCUCAGCUCGUCCUCACCGUGUACUUUCUUGCGGUUGAGAAACACAGGGCCACUUUCCUUGCCCCUGUUGGCAUUGGCAUGUCCGUCUUCAUUGCCCACAUCUGCGGAACGAACUACACCGGCACCUCUAUCAACCCUGCCCGUUCCUUCGGCCCUGCCGUCAUCUCUGGCUUUGUCUCUAUCCAUUGGAUCUACUGGGUUGGACCCUUCCUCGGAUCCCUCCUGGCUUAUGGCCUCUACAAGCUUCUCCGUAUCCUUGAGUACCAGACUGCCAACCCUGGACAGGAUUCUAGUGAGACCGAAACCCUUCCUACUACUGGCAUCACUGGCCCAUGA